AUGGCUCCACUGCCAAAACAGAAUCUGGUCGUGUCGUGGCCUGCGUCUGGUAGUGUUAACAUUGUUCGUAUUUCAUAUCUGAAAAACACUUCUGGUCGUAUUAUAAUAUCAAAAGAUUAUACGUUCAUGUUUGAAGAAAGAGAAAAAGUCACGAGAAAGAUAAUGUAUCAAGGCAAAUAUGACUAUGAAUUACAAUCAACGUUAAAUAUUAAACAUGCAAAAAAGAAAACAUCUGCCGAUAAACAACAAUCAGCCACGUUAAAUAAAACAAAUGAAAAAGCUUCAAUUACCUCGACAACUAUUACAUUGUCGAAUAUGAAAGACGAUAUUUUGCCUAAAGCUCAAAAAGAAAUUGAUGCAUUAAAUGGUAACGUAGUUAAAGCUCGUUCUUGA